CCUGAAAGGAAACUGAGAGAGUAGCAGGAGCAAACUAACAGGAGUACUACGGUUGAGACACGUCUCACUGUUUGCUGUUAAAGAUAAAUUACAGUAAACUAAGUUUGCAGGGGAUUUCCAAACUACGUAACAGAGUUUCUGCACACUGAUAUGGCUGCUGCCAGCAGUUCACUGUCUGAAGAUCAGUUUCUGUGCUCCAUCUGUCUGGAUGUGUUCACUGAUCCAGUCAGCACACCAUGUGGACACAACUUCUGCAAGAACUGCAUCACUACACACUGGAAUUUUAAUGUCCUCUAUCAGUGUCCCAACUGUAAUAAUUUUUUUUACACAAGACCUGAGCUGCAGGUCAAUAUUUUUGUCUCUGAGAUGGUUUCUCAUUUCAGACAGUCAGCUCAACAGAGAGCCAGCAGCUCAGAGCAACAAGCUGCUGAACCAGGAGACGUUCCCUGUGACGUCUGCACUGGAUCCAAAGUGAAGGCCCUGAAGUCCUGCCUGGUGUGUCUGGUCUCCUACUGUGAGACUCACCUGGAGCCUCAUCUGACAGCUUCAGGCCUGAAAAGACAUCAGCUGAUCGACCCUGUGGAGAACCUGGAAGGCAGGAUGUGUAUGAAGCACGAUAAACCUCUGGAGCUGUUCUGUAACACCGACCAGAUGUGUGUCUGCAUGCUCUGCUCUGUUUUAGACCACAAGUCACAUGAUGUUGUGCCUCUAAAAGAAGAAUAUGAAAGAAACUUGGCCAAGCUUGGAAAGACAGAGGCUGGAGUUCAGCAAAUGAUCGAGGAGAGACGACUCAAGAUUCAGGAGUUCAAACAUUCAAUCAAUAUCAGCAGAGAAAAUGCAGACAGAGAGAUAGCAAUCAAAAAUCAUGUCUUCACCGAGCUGAAGGAGGCUAUUGAGAGACACCAGGUCAAACUUAUUAAGAUGGCUGAAGAAAAGCACAGAAUGACAGAGAAACAGGCUGAAGGCUUCAUCAAAGAGCUGGAACAGGAAAUCUCUGAGCUGUAGAAGAGAAGCGAUGAGCUGGAGCAGCUCUCACGCUCAGAAGACCACCUUAACCUCGUCCAGAAGUUUCCAUCCCUGGAUGCUGCUCCACCCACCAAGAACUGGAUAGAGGUCAAAGUCUGUCCACCUUCAUAUGAGGGGACUGUGUGGACAACUGUUGAUCAGUUGGUGGAGAUGUUAAAAAAUGAGAUGAAGAAGCUUCUCACAAACAUUGAGUUAAAGACAGUCCAGCAGUUUGCAGUGGACGUCACACUUGAUCCUGAUACAGCACAUCCCCGACUCAUCCUGUCUGAAGAUGGGAAACAAGUACAUGAUGGUGCUGUGUGGAAGGAUCUCCCAGAAAUCCCAAAGAGAUUUUCUCUUGGUCUCUGUGUCUUGGGUAAUCAGUUUGUUUCUUCAGGAAGAUUUUACUUUGAGGUUCAGGUGAAAGGGAAAACUAAAUGGGGUUUAGGAGUUGUCAGAGAGUCAGUCAACAGAAAGGGGCCAAUCACUGCAAGCCCUCAGAAUGGUUACUGGACAAUAGGUUUGAUGAAUGAAAUUAUCUACCAUACUGUUACUGAGUCCUUAGUCCCUCUCUCUUUGAAGUCGAAGCCUGAGAAGGUGGGGGUGUUUGUAGAUUAUGACGAGGGUCUGGUCUCCUUUUAUGAUGUUGAUGCUGCAGCUCUUAUCUACACCUUUACUGGCUGCUCCUUCACUGGAAAACUCCACCCAUUCUUUUUUCCCUGUGCAAAUCAGGAUGGUGAAAACUCUGCCCCUCUGAUCAUCUGUCCUGUCAACCUACUUAAUUUAAUGACAUGUCAUGUUCCGCAAAAAGACUGACUGAGAUGAGAUGAGAUGAGAUAAGAUGAACUUUCUUAAUACCAAAGGAAAGUUUUGCAGUUUCCACUUCUUAAUGUAACAGAUCCCAUAAUUUAGCAGUAAUAUACAGUGUUUUUUUUUUUGUUUUGUUUUCUUCUGGUUAUAAUUAACAGUGAUUUUGCCGUCUUUAUUUUAUCACAAUAUGCAAAAAAGAAAAAACAUUAUUUUGACAGAUACUGUGAUUGCAAUAUGAGUCACAAUUUUAAUGGGAAUGGUCAUUUUUGGAGUUCAUUUUUCAUAAAUAUACAUAUAUAUAUAUUGAAAAAUAUAACGAUGAUGAUUUUUGCUGGGAUCUGUACCAAACAAGCAUGUUUCCUUAUGUCUGGAAUAUGAUUUGUAGGCUCGGGGAUCUCUG